AUGGCAUCUCCUCUGGAUGAUCUCACUAUCAAUGACGAGAGUCCUGCAGGUGCUGCCAUCAGUCCUGAAGCCCUCAAGCAUCUACAGGCAGCUGUCUCCUGUGGUUAUGGGUUAUUUCAUUUGGCAAUAUCACUAGUGCCGCCCAAGCUGCUGAAGUUUUGCCAUCUUCUUGGUUUCUCGGGAAACAGAGAUGUGGGAAUCCAAGCACUGAACUUGGCCAGCCAGAGUGAGGACAUGAAAGCCCCUGUGGCAAGGUGUUGUUAAGACUGAUGAUGCUAUGAUAAUAAAUAGUUUUUAUUGUAAUUAUUUUUUACUGGGCUAAUUAAAAAUGUAAUGUAUUUUUAACCUCAGAUACAUGUAUCUUUCCUAUCUUUUUUUGUUUGGAAACCUCCAGUUUUGACUGCUUAAUUAAGCAUAUGACCACUAAAUAGAGUCUUGGUAAAGUUUGGUACAUAAUAUUACCAAAAUCUAACUAGAAUUCACAUCGUAGAUGAUUUUGUCAGAGCAACAAUGACAACACAAAAAAUAUGAUAAAUAAAAACAUCUAGAGUAUGAAACUGUUGACUUAUUUAGGGUAAAAGGGAACCAGCUGUACUCCCUCUCUACCUCAUAUUCCCGAUAAUGGCCUAUAUCGGAAGGCUCGGCCCAAAAGGGGUACCUUUUUCGGGCUUCAGGUGUAUGAAAGGGUAGAGAAAUUUGUCAUUUUGGUCUGUAGAAGGACUUAAAAUGGCUAACAGAAGGGAUUAAUGGCUGUGAAAAAGUCUAAAAAAAUUCCCAUUUUUUUUAUUUAUGUCAUAGUUAAAGACAAUGUAUUUACAGCAGUUAAAGAAAGGGGUACCAUUAAUAUUUUGUUUCGUGGAAGGUAUACAAAAGAGAUACCUUUUCUGCCAAAAAUGGUAUAUAAAAGGGAAAGGGGUUCUACCUCAGGGUGGGGCCUCCCAGUAUAAUCCUUUGUUUAGUAAUCCCUUAAGACCUCUAUCUCUAAUUUCACCAUUUAAAUUAACAUUAUUUUAUGAUUUUUAUGAUUCCAGGCUUACUCUUCUGUGGUAUCAUGCGGUUAUUCGGCCAUUUGUAGCUCUUGACGAAGGAAACAAUGAAGAAGGUCUGUGUGUGUCUUGUGUCAACAUGAUACAAUCACCUAGUUAGUAAUGUAACAGCUUACUUUGUUUCGGUCUUGUUUUCCUCAGUACUAUUUCCUGUCAUUCAUAGUGCUCACAUUGCUCAUGAGUGGCUCCUACUUAAACGUUCUGCAAUAACAUUAGGCUGGUAUAGGAUUUGAUAGAGCCAUCAAAACCAAAUUGCACAUGUAUUUUCUUAGAAUUCUACUGAUGAACAGUACUGUCACAACAGACAUUUGCAGGGGCAACAAUAGUAUGUCCCCUUUCAAUUAAUACUAUGUUUCUUAGGCAAAUAGUAAGUAAACAAGUCUGUGAGUUCAAUAGUUGCUAAUUAGUGUUUUAUAGCUUUCCAAGCUCAAAGCAUCUGCUAUAUAUAUCAUUUUCAAUCACAGGUUUAGCAAAUGCAACUGCAAUCUUAGAAGAAUCCUACCAAGAAUACCCCAGCUCUGCUGUAUUUCUCUUCUUCAAAGGACUUGUAUCAAGGCUCAAGGUUUGUAUCACUGCUUUGAUGUGAGAGUUUUGCCUGAGUUUUGAAGGGGAAAGGGAAAGAGGGCGAAUAUUGUAUUCUCUGCACAUGGCCUUAUUCCCCCUUUUUUCCCCUUUUUAACACCUGUACACCUCAUUUGAGGUAACCCAAGACAGUCUUGGAUCCUGGAUUGUACGAUAUGGAUUCCAGAUUCCAGUUACUGGAUUCCAGUCUUAUUCAGUGGAACUUGGAUUCUGGAUUCCAAUCAUUAGUGGGAUUCCAGAUUCCUUGAGGUGUAUUCUGGAUUCCAAAGCAUAGGAUUCUGGAUUCCACAAGCAAAAGUUUCCAAGAUUCCAGAAUCUUACAAUUAACAAUUUGUUCAGUAGUAUAGUUUUGAUUUCCGUUUUUAGGCUCAAGGUAACAUCAGACCAGAACGCUUAUUUCUCAGUUCUGAAAGGGAAGAUUACUUUUUAAUUUUGCUAAAAUGUGUGCAUUUUACAAACAUGAUUCAUGCAUUGAAUUUUUGUUGUUGUUGUUCAAUUUCAUAGGGCCGCAUAGGAGAAGCUCUGGAUGAGUUUCACCAGGCCAUGCGAUUUGCAACAGAGCAGAAAGAAAUAGCUCUAAUUUGUCAAUAUGAAAUAGGUCAUUGAAUUUUUGUUGUUGUUGUUCAAUUUCAUAGGGCCGCAUAGGAGAAGCUCUGGAUGAGUUUCACCAGGCCAUGCGAUUUGCAACAGAGCAGAAAGAAAUAGCUCUAAUUUGUCAAUAUGAAAUAGGUGCGUAUAAGUGCAAAGGUGUCUUUACGCCCACUUAGGGAGGGGUGUACCCAUUUUCCAAUUUUUCUGAAUUGUAAAACUCAUUGUUUUACAUACUGCUUGGUGGUAUUUUACCAUUGUAUUUCUGCUCCCCUUCUUUGCUGUCACACUUUGAGCCUAUCUUUGUUUCGUUUACCGCUAUAUUGCAUGUCUCUGUUUCAAAGCCAUGCCACUUGUUGAGUUUUACCCUAACAGGGUGUCUGUAUUGGUGGUGUGACCUUGUAAUUCUUGAAGUUGCUGGCUGGAUAUUUUGGGAUCAUCAUACAUUUCUGAGAAACUGCUCAUCUACCCCUCCCCUAAGCUAACAUCAACACUUACUUCUGAUUUAGGGCAAAAUGUUGGCUUAGGGGAGGGGUAGGUGGGCAGUUUCCUAGAAACGUAUAAUAAUCUGAAUUUUGCAAGUAAUGUUGCCUGACUUUUCUUGCAUCAUUUUCUCAACCAAUCAGAUGAAAAACUGAGGAACCUCAUGACAUGUACAUGCAAGAGAUAGAAUGUAAUAUUGCUGAUGAAUUUCAAACUUUUAAACUAAAUAACUUUGAGCUACUAACUUUUUAAAGCCAAUGUAGUAAAAAAAAAUCAGUUCGCUGGAUCACUGUGCAGUUUUGGCAUUGCAAAACUCAAGUGAAAAUUAAACCCUUUCUUUAUUUUUACUCUUCCUUUAGGUUGGUGUCACAUGCUACAAUUGGAAUGGGAAUAUGCUCUUCCUGCGUUUUUUAGGUACGUCCAACAUUAAUUUCUUUUUGCUAUGAUGUUUCCUUUACAUCUUUACAUUUAUAGUCCUUCUUGAAGUACUCCUCAGUGUUCAAUGAUUAAUCUCUGUUUAGACAAAAAACGUUUUUUUACUGCUCAGGGCACCUCAAAAUUAACAAACCUUGAAAAAUUGAACUUUAUCUCAAAGGCGUGAUGUAUCCAUGUUUUUGUCCUUAACUUAAGUACUAAUUCCUCUUAGCUUUUCAAGGGAAGCAAGUUAUUUAAAACAUGUGCCCUUUAGAGGAAAGCCAACCUUGUCUUACUUAAUGUUUCAUGUCCAUGUUACUUUGCAGAUUAAAAGAAGAAUCGAAAUGGUCACAAAGUUAUUAUGCUUAUCUCUGUGGAGGUGAGUUUUUUAGAACCGCUACAGGGUUUCAGCUAGCAGAUUUCAUGGGAACAUUUAGAGGGGUUGAUGACUUUGUUCAGGAAAAUGAAAGGGGUCUUCCGUGCUAAAAGACAUGGUAGCACCCUCGCAAGUUCGGAGUAUUUUCAGUCACACAUCAGUAUUUUUUUUUCUGCUGGAGAUUUAGCUGUUGUCAGUAUCAGGGAGACUGUAAUAGGCCUCGGUAUUAGACCGUAAUAGUAAGGUGUCCUCAAGGCGAGAAUCAGCUCCAUCAUGCUGGCUAUAUACAAUCAUGGCGAGGUUCCUCAAAAGAUGGUUAAGUUUAAUCCAGGAUUAAGCCAAAUUUUAAGCAAGGUUUUCUUGUUUAAGAACAUGUUACUCGAGCUUCCAAAAUACUUUUGUGUCUUUACUCCGAGAUUCAGUGAUGAUAACAUAGAAUUUUACUCUAGAUAAUGCAUAGGAAGGUAAAUACCAAAAUAGAACAAAAUUUUUAAUCCUGGAUUGGCUCUAAUCGGCUAUCAGGAACCGGGGCUAGAUGUACAGGACUUUGGAUGUGAUCUUUAAGCAGUUGAUGUUUAAAAGCCCUCAAAAUUCUCAGUCUCAGGUUCUUGCGGUUUGACUUUGGAUUUGGUCAAUUAAGGAGCCUCUGUGAUGAAGUGUAGUUUGCUUUUGCAUUUGCAUUCAUUUUGUAUUUCAAUUUAUUUAAUCAUGAUAUAGGACGAGACUGUCAGACAGUAAUAAAAAUGUGCCAUUGAAACGGUGCAAUUGAGCUAAUAAUCCUAAUACCCAGGCUCUCUUGUUUCUUCUUUACAGUCACGAUAGGUAUUUUAGGUAGCACAACAGAGGCCCAGGAGCAAUUCAAACAAGUUCCUAAAUUUGUAAAAAAGAAAACACCCCUAGAGCUGUUUCUCGUGAGGAAGGUAAGUUGUCUGUAGAUUUAGAUGUGCUGUUUAGAUGUGCUGUUUAGAUGUGCUGCUGUUUUUACUAAAUGGAGCAACCCAUUUUCAUUUCACAACUGUUUCCAGUAUCUUUUUAUAUGUUGGGUGUGUGUUUUUUCCUGAUUUUUGUUUAUCGGUAUUUUUCAUCACUGACUUAAUCUAUGGCAUAAAAUUAGUGCGGCAUAUUUAAGUGAGCAACCUCUUUAAUCCAGAGGUGUAUUCUAGUAACGAUGAGCUCGCAAUUUACACUGUUGACGGAUUAUCGAUCGAACAUGGGCAAGCACAUUAAAUUCAUCUUGUAGUUCACCUAUGAAUACAUAUAAAUAGAGACAAAAAGGGACCAUCCUUCUGUGUAAACUAUGUGCUUUUCUAAAGGGUUUUUUUUUUUCCCUAGCGUUUUGCUUGCUCACAGUUAUUCUCUGUGUCAGUCACUGAUCAGUACAUUCGAAGCUCUCGUAUGCGGACACCACCCUCGGGAGGCGAAAAAGGUGCCCAUAACUGGAGCUGGCGGCCGCCUACGGGAAUGUAAAAAUACAAAGUUUGUAUGGGAGUUCAGAAAAAAGGGGUUUUGUGAAGGCGGCCGUAAUUAGGGCUGUCCGUUUACGAGAGUGACCGUUAGGAAAGCGUGCACUGUAUUGAUUUGCUCAGAUCGUGCAUAAGAAAUAUAACUGAAGAAAAUCCUGUCUUUUCUUUUGUUUUUGUAGGCUGCACUGUACAAGAAAUCUCCUCCAUCAGAAGCCGAUUGCCUACUACUGUCAUUAGAACUUCUGUACGUGUGGCGCGCAUUCUACACUUGCAGUGAACCUGUUUUAAAUAGAAUUAUUUCUGGUGAGCCACUUUGUUUUGCACAUGUCCGCAUUAUACAUGUAGCUACCCAAGAGAGGAUAAAGGGGACAUAGUAGGCAUCCCCCAUACACACCCUAUUCCAUAGGUAAUUCGUCUCGAGUUACUUUUACGUUUACUUUUAGAAUCGGGAUAAAGUUACCUCGCGCGCUGCGUGGAUGUUUCGUGGAGGUUUCGCAUGACUAAAUGCCGUGCAAAACAUGUCAGGCGAAAGGCAAUGAAAGCGUAAAGAGAUCGAAAGCAUUACUGAAAAGUGACGCGAAAUGAGUCGGCGCUCACCUGGGAAAAGGGAAUCGCUAGACUCUUUGACAACCCGUGAAAUCAGUUUGUCUCGAAGUUGUCGUAACCUUAGUGCUUUAAUAAAAUGAGAAAUUUCGCCGGUCUAUUGAAACCGGUCGUUUGUACAAUAAAGCAAAUUUCCGCUUAGCUUAGCUUCCGCAAAGCUUUAGCAGAAAUCUCUCUGUAGUCUUUUUCGUCGACAAAACGAAUAGCAAUAUCGCUCUUCGCGUCUUCCGCCAUUUUGCUCUGCGUCAAUUCGUGAAGGACGCGUGGCUCUGAGCGUGGGUCAUCCACGCGGAACUCAUUCGCCCUAUGUGAUUGGCUGUUGUCUAAUCCCCCUUGGGAUCUGUGGUCUUAAAAAUAACUCCAGACGAAUUACCUAUGGAAUAGGGUGUAUAUGGGGGAUGCCUUCUCUGUCCCCUUUAUCCUCUCUUGAGCUACCUUAUUAUAGGAAAUUAGCGGGAAUUUCAAACAUUCGCACAGAUUUUAUUCGCGUUAAUUUCCGCGCCGUUAAUUAAGAGAAGCGGUAAUUUCCGCGACCUUAAAUUCAUUAUUUUCUUCCUUAAUUCUCGAUCUUGACACCUAAGAAAGAGGAGUAUUUUAUCAGGAUUUAGAUGUGCCAAUAUUAGAACAUCUGUAAAGAACCCCUCCAAGUGCCCAGAUUUCNGUGGGCAGUUUCCCACAAACCUAAAUUGAUCCCACAUUUCUUGGCUUGGCCCCCUUUUGUACGUUUAAGAAAAGAACUACGAAUAAAGUUUCCAUUCAGAUUAUACGUUUAACUUUGUUCCUCCUGUCUCAACAGGGUUUGUUUCUUUGUGAACGUCGCGUUAUUUUCCUUGUUCUUGAAAUGCUAUUCUCUCUUUGGCGUUAAUUUCUUUUAUUCGAAAGUCGUUUUCUACUAAAUUCGCGCAAAUUUCAGUCGCGUUAAUUUCCAAUUCCUGAAUUUUCAUGGAGCGUUAAUCUCCUAUAAUAAUUAGGUAACUUUUGGAAGAAAUUCUCCGGUGUUGCCAUUUCAAUUAAACCUUUCUGGCACACCUAUUACCAGGUACGACUUGUUCUUAGGAUUUUAGAAAAUGAAAUUUUAUCCUUUUUGCUAAUUUUCUCUGUGGCAAAUAAUUAUAAGGAGUGAAUGGUUUUUCGAGAGUUACCAACAUCAAUGUUCUCUUUACAAUAUAAUUAUAUCAGUACACAAUCACGAGAAAAGGUUAAGAGAAUCUAAUAGUAAAAUGUUAACUAAAUAGAAAAUGCUUUGAUCAGUUAAUUCUCACAACCAAUUCUUUUGGGAAGUGUAUGGAGAUAAGUUUGGAGAAUUUGUAUAUGGAUAUAAGGGUUUACAUGUUGUGAGUUUAAUCUUUCUAACCCUUGGUUUCCUUCCAUUCUAGCACUAGAAGACUGUAAAGUUACCUCAAAUCUUAUUCCACUCAAGAGUCUUAUACAAGGAGCGGCAUGUCAAGCGCUCAGGAAAGUGGACUUAGCUGUCCAAGUACGUAAAUUGAAAAAUAUUUUCUUCUCCAUACGAGCAGGUUAGCGGGUAGGACAGGGGCCUAUAACGUUUAGUUUGCUAGGUUCGAGUUCAAGCCCUGGCUGGUUUCCCUGUGUUGGGUUUCUGUGCAAGACACUUGAUUCUCUCAGCGCCUCAUUCCAUCCAGCUGUAUAAAUGGAUACCAGCGAAUGUGAUGCUAGGGGUAGCCUUGUGAUGGCCUGGCAUCCCAUCCAAGGAGGGAGUAGCAAUAUUCUUAGGGGGUUUCUUGCUUCAGAAACCAGGGAAAAACUCCGGCCUUAAGUGAGCCAUUUGGCUGGAAUGCAGAUUUUAACCGUAUCAAGGUAACCGCCUUAUUGUACAUUGCGCUCAAUCUCGUGUCUUCUCAUUUCCUUAAAGCCUGCAGUUAAUUUUGGAUAUUAGCGCAACCUACCAAUUAGUUGGUUAAAUCAUAUUUUACAAGAUAUAACAAAAAACUCAUCCAAUAUGAUAUUCAAAUAUACUAAUAGAUAAAUAAUGAUCUCGGGGUAACCCAUGCACGACGUGUCGUCUAUCAUAUUCCUGAAUGAAUACUAAGCGCUGAAUGGUGUUUUCCACAGUAUUUCCAAGAAGCAGUUACCAAAUCAGGUCGCUCUCCCCCAGACCCUCACGUUCCACCAUUCGCUUACUAUGAACUUGGUGUUCUCUACGCCAAGGACGAAAAGGUGAGUCAUGUUACCAGUAAGUCUGCAGUUCUGGAACGUUUAGGUCACGUUCCUGUCUAUGACAGUCCACGGAUCCCAGUCCGCUGUGGCCACCUCUGGCGGUGAAAGGGUUAAACAGCAACAACAGUUGCAACAAAACUACCUCUACAAAGUUUUAUUAAACUCUGUGGUUGUUCAGUAGCCCAAGUACUACAGGUGAUUUUACCCCUAAGUGCACAAUUUUUUCACCGUAUGGCUUGACUAUAACAACGAGGUGGUUGCUCCUGUGUAUACCCAAUAUGACUCACAAAAGAGAGUAUCCACCCGAAACCUGACAAGAAAAGAGUGAACUGGAAUUUAUCUGUAUAGUUCUUGGAGUAAAGAUCCUCUCUUUUCCUUUCAGACGAGUGCCAAAGGAGAGGAGCUGCUAAGAAAAGUCAAGGUUUGCUUUGAUAAUUUCUCUUGAAUUUCUGAGAGACGUUUCAAAUUGACUAUCUUUUUUUCCUCCACUUUAAGAGGGCUUGGCUAUUUAAUCACACGAAUUCCAUAGUGGCCUUUAAAACUUCCUAUGGGUGAUUUGCAACAGCAAUUUUUGGGGCGACAAUGUUGCAAGGCUGUGUUGCACCGAAAAUCGUCGUUGCGAAUCGUCGCGUCAGCAUCGCCUAAUUGUAUUGUUUCUUUUGCAUUUAUUAUUUAAUAGUUAUUAUUUAAUAUUCAAAGAAGUGCACGUAGGUACCAUAAUUGGUCAGAGCGAAAUCGUUAUAUUCUCAUAAAGUUAGCGCGCUGCUCUAUCGCACUCAUCUACGUAACCAGUAUAAGCGGUUACAUUGGCAUAGGUUAUUUAUAAAGAAAAAUGGCAAAACGUAUUUCUCGUAGCCUGCGUAGCAGGCGUCGAAAGGGGUAGGGGAUAGGGAAAAAGGGAGGGUGCUUUUCUCCGUCCCCCUCCCCCUCCCCUUUUGCGCCUGCCACGCAGGCUAUAUUUCUCGGGAACCGUUGAAUUAUUCUGGCACUUAAGGACUUUUUUCCCGACAUUGUGAUGUUUUUCCCGUAUCAUUGAGUUAAGGCCAUUCCUACGGUUUUUUUCCUUUACAGGAUAAUUUCAGCGGGUACGACUUUGAAAACAGACUCAGUUUCCGAGUUCACGCGGCGCUGGCAAGAAUUGAAGAAAGAAAAGCAAGU